CAGAGAAUCACGAGUUCGAGGUUGUUUUUAUUUGUACACAUCUGGUUUCUUCUCGUGUGAACACACCCGGCACCUGUAGAGCUCACAGCAAAAGCCUCAGAAGCCUCCACCUCUCAUGUACUACCCCAGCAUCCACUUCAGCAAAGCAGCCAGCCUCUGCUGCCCUGCAAGGCCUAUGUUCGCCCUAAAUUUGACGAAACCCAUGCAGAAGAGGUGCUUGAGAAAUAUGAGGGGGAAGGGGAGAAGCGGGAGGAUGGAUGAAGACGGCUCUGUCUUGUCACUGACACGGCUUUGUCUGCUCAGCCUCGCCGACAACAUGAAGGACGUGUGGGCGAAAGACUACGCUGACAAGUACCUGGAUCACUAUUCAUUCAGGCACAUUAUGGGGCCUUUCAACUUACUGCCAGGAGAACUGGUUGAGGAGCUCACGCAGCUGCUGUGCUCUAGAAAACAAUUGUCCCGCGCGGCCCUCCACCUCCUGCUGGUCCCCCAACUUCGUGGCCUGUCACUAGAAAGCUGUCCUGGUCUGGUCACCUCCGCCCUCUGUGCCCACAUUACUGCACGCUGCCAGGGUCUGUGUAGACUGGAUCUAUCUGGGGCCCAGCAGCUGCCUUCAAAGGUCCUGUGUGAAACUCUCUGCUGUCUGCCUGCCCUGCGCUCGCUCUCCCUGGCUGGUAUGCCUUGUGACAGAUGUGUGAUCAGCACAAUUGCCCACCGCUGCCGUUUGCUGCGCCACCUCGAUGUAUCUUGCUGUCAUUUCCUUUCCCCUGCUGCACUCCUACCUCUUGGAGGUGGUGCCUUCUGCUCAUCCUCUGCUCGUCCUUCAAACUCAUCUUUUUGCCGCACCUCUACAUCUUCACCUCCUAGUUCCUCUUUCUCCUCUGCCCCCUCGCCCUCCUUCUCUUCAUCCCUGCCUCCUCUCCCCCUCAUUAGUCUACUGGCUCUGGAUAUUGGGUUUGGGGAAGAAGAUGGAGACAAUGUGGUGGCUGCAGCCUACCUACUACUCUCUCUGCCUGGGCUGGAGAGAGUGGACAUGGAGGGCCUUGCACAGGCCUGCUGGCUCAUUGAGCACAGAGAGUUUACGCAGACAGAAGAGUUCAGUGACAGAGAAGGAGUUCUGAGGCUAGAGGAGGUGUGGAGGGAGAGGAGGAGCAGGCAGGGGGUCGACAGUUGGAAGAAGAAGAGAGAAGAUGCAGCAACAGCAGGGGUUGAGGAACAUGAUGAGGAGGAGGAGACAUUGUGUGAAGAGUAUUGUGGUGACAGUGAGAAAGAUGCAAGUACAGAUGAAGGGCCAAGUUGCUCUCUGAACCAAGCAGAGGAAAAAAGGAGUGUUUUGUCAGAGUCGGGUGAUAAACACCUGAUCCUGCACCUAAAAGAUGUCAAGGGUGUUACUUGUGACUUUCUGGAGAGUUUAAGCCGUUUAUGUCCAGACAUCUGCUCCAUAUCUGUGAAUGCUGAUGAUGACGGUAUGGGGAGAAGGCCUGUGUCUGUGUUACCAGCAGCCCUCCAGACAUGGUCAGGCCAGCUGCUGAGCCUCUCAGUACAAUUCUCCGGCCCUCUGGUUGAUCUGCUUCCUGCCAUCCAAGUUGUAGGCUCCUCCCUGGUCUCUCUCACCAUGGAGGUUGUGAAAACCAGCCCCCAAACCCCUCUACUGGUGGUCAUCAAGUCCUGUCCCAGACUCAGAGACCUACUCAUCUUUGCUGAGCCACCCAUCAUGCCAGAGUUGGAAGAUGAGGAGGAGGAUCAGUGGGAUGAUCAGGGGGAUGAUCAGUGGGAUGAUCAGGGGGAUGAUCAGGAUCUGCCACGGCUGCCUCACCUCUGCACUCUCAAACUCAAAUUCUCUUACAUUCACAGCCAAAUGAAACCUGCCAUGUCCUGGAUGUCCCUGAGGAAGACGCUCAAGUGUCUCCUAAGUGGUUCUCCUUUACUGGAGAAGCUCACACUUGUCUCCCUGCCAUGCCCUCUGGACUGCGUUUUACAGCGUGUAUUGGGCCCACACCUUUAUCCCCGUAUGGACUGUAUAGACAUGCCACUCAAACGAGUACAGCACAUUAAACUGCAGCGGACGGAUGUGAGGAUGGUAACAGUGAAAAACAUAAUGCAACACAGCAAGAGACUCAAGUUUGUGGAUGUAAGAUACUGCUGGGGGAUCAAUAAGGUUGAGUGGCUGAACUGCAAGAAGUUCAGUGAAGUCCAAGUGGUCUGGGUGUAAAGAAGUGUACUCUUUUGAAUUAAAAUAGAAAUACAGCGCUAUAUAAAUGUCAUCUGUAAUAAUAUAGGGAUCUCUGUGUGACUAUUACUGCUUAUAUUUAGACCUUGAGCAAUGACCCUAUUGUGGACCCUAUUGAAGUUCAUAUUUUUAUCCUCCUAAUGAAUCCCAAAUAUCACGGCCUAAACUUUUUCACAAAAUUCAGAUGUACGAGAAAUUUACAUUUUAAAUGGUUUUCUGGCAUGGGUGUGCCAAAUUGAUGAUGUUUUACCAAAAUGCAUGAAAAUGUGACCCAUAUUCCAAACCCAAAAUGUAGUCAGCCAUUUCUGAUUGAGUUGUCAUUUUUGGCAAUUCACACACAUCAUACUUUAACAAACUCCUCCUAGAGGAUUAUCAGCUCGGCUUCAAAUUACAGUACAAUCUAAACACCUUAAUGAAGUAAAAGUUGUGCUCUUUGUGAGUUUUUGCCAGAGGGCGUGUCCGUGGCAUGGCAUCUAAUUUCAAUGUUUCACCAUGACACAUUAAGUUGUUGUACACUACAUUAUCCAAUCUGCACCAAAAAUCUGUUUGUGUGUGUGUGUGUGAAUACAUUUUCCUUUUUUUCCCCCGGAACACUUUCAGUUCAAGGUUUGAUUAUGUUUGAAAAAAAAUUAGGCUUCCUCUUUUACUGUUGUUUAAAUUGUUCGCAGAAUUGCGGGGGGCCAACUGUCAAAUUACAAGCGAAUCAGGUAACACUAGUAUUAUUUUAAUCAUUUACACACAUUGAUUUAUUACUGAUAACAUGCUUAUGUCGUGCAGAGAGAUAAAGAGAGAAAAAAUAUAUAUGAAAACACAGUUUUGUUCCUGUCACUGUGUUUUUUGCUGGAUGUGAUGAGAUGUGGAUGCAUGUGUUUUUGUGUCAUAUAGUAUGUUUUUAAAAUGAGGCGUGAUGACAAAUGACAUCCCCCAUGAUGGCCACAGUGUUUGCCAAUCUCAGUGGAGACGACCUGCAGAAAAUCAUCUGACUGUUGCUCAAGGAAGAGGCCUUCGAUGUGAUCUUCAAACUCUAUAUUUGUGACAUGCGGAUCACAGUAGUGUAGAGUAAACACCUGUGUGUGUGUGUGUGUGUGAGAGCUUUCAUUGAAUUCAUCUUUGGCGUUUUUGACCUUUUUAAAAUGCAUUAUUUUUAUCUGUACCUCUGUUUGCUCAAGUCUCUUUAUU